AUGCCGAGAAUCAGAUUCCGUAACGAUGUGAGCUCUGAGAGUUUUUGGACGAGAGUCACCGGACAGAAAUGGACAAAACAUCAUGUCUUCGUGUUCGUCCACACUUUUAUGAGUUAUGCAAUGCUCCAUGCCACACGGAAGACUCUGUCCACUGCAAAACCAUCUCUUAUCCACGCGUGGACCUCUAAUACAUCAACUCCAGUCUUCCCAACUCAACAAGCAGCUGCUGAGUUCUUGGGGGUCUUGGAUACAGGAUUUCUGAUUGCGUAUGCUAUUGGUCUUUACAUCUGUGGUAUCCUGGGAGACAAUUACAACCCACGACGUCUCCUGGCAUUUGGAAUGAUGUCUUCUUCAAUUGUCGUCUUCUGUUUCGGAUAUCUAACUGAAACAUUCCACGUGUAUUCUCCAUUGGUCUACUCAUUCCUAUGGAUUCUAAACGGAUUCAUUCAAUCUGUUGGGUGGCCUGUCGAAGUAUCAAUUAUGGGAAAUUGGUUUGGACACAAUGCACGCGGAGCAGUGAUGGGAGCAUGGUCUUCAUGUGCGAGUGUUGGAAAUAUUAUUGGAACUCUGAUUGCCAGUUACACAUUGUAUCUUGGAUAUCAGUACUCAUUCAUGAUUGCUUGUUCCCUUUUGUUUAUCUACAGUUUUCUGGUAUUUUUCCAACUUCCAUCAGCUCCAUGGGAAGUCAGUAAUGAGAUUCUUCCGGAUCAAAUUCAAGAAGAAAAUGAAGACGAUGAGCCAACAGAGAGACCUCCACCAAUUGGAUUUUUCAAAGCUUGGUUACUGCCAGGAGUCAUUGCUUACUCCCUGGCAUACGCUUGUUUGAAACUCGUCAAUUACGGUUUCUUCUUCUGGCUUCCAUUCUAUUUACACGCUGGUCUCCACUGGCCAGAAUCCUAUGCAGAUGCUCUAUCCACGUGGUAUGAUGUUGGUGGUAUCGUGGCUGCCGUCCUUGCAGGAGCGUUUUCCGAUCAUAUGAGAUCUCGGACACCUGUUGUAUUUAUUAUGCUUCUUCUGGCAACAGUUUCACUUUAUAUUUAUGCACAUUCCCCAGCCUCCUAUAACUGGAAUGCAUUCCUUCUCAUCGUUGCUGGUUUCUUCAUUGGCGGUCCAGCCAAUAUGAUCUCUAGUUCAAUUACGGCAGAUCUCGGAAAGUGUGAACAACUACGUGGAAAUGCUGAGGCAUUAUCUACUGUAACCGGUAUAAUUGAUGGAACUGGAAGUGUCGGAGCAGCUAUCGGGCAAUGGUUUAUCCCAUCUGUUCAACAUUGGUUCGGAUGGGAUGCUGUCUUUUAUGGAUUCAUUGUUAUGAUCCUGUGCACCGCCCUCUGCCUGACCCCAGUUCUCUACAAAGAGCAUAAAGAUCGUCGUUUGCAUCGUUCCGAAGAGGUAGACUCUCUUCUUCAAAGUGAUUCAGAUGAGAAUCCAUCAGACGAUAUUCAGGAAAUUAGACGGAGACCUACUAAUACUGCUGCUUAA